UGUAGCAUGCAGAUGAGAAGGGCAAAGAAUUUCCAUUUUUCUAGGUUUUGGACUAUUCAUUGAAUUUUAGAUUGUACACUAUUGUUUCUGUAUUUCUUGCCUCAAAGUAAUGGGAAUGUCCAAAACAAUUUUUGGCUCUUGCAGGUAGUUAUGAUGUGGUGGGGGUGUAGAUAGGGGGGAGAGAGAGACAGGUAAAACUGGCUCGAAGAUCAUUUGAGGCUCCAGGGCCUCAGUUUCCCCACCCUGGCUCUGAUGCAGCAUUUUGUUUCAUUUCAUUUGCCUCAGUAAGCUCAAAUUAUAUUGCAUUCUUUCCUUCCCUCCCGGGCCUGAAGUUGAAUAUUUUCCCAGCAAAGAAAAUAAUAAAACAGAGGUAUUUGAGGGAAGAAAAAAGGAUUAUGUCCUUAUUGCUUAUUUUAAAAGUAACUCAUGAAGGGAUAAGUCUUUAUCAGUAGGUAAGUGAAAAACAGCUCCUCUGGCAUCCAUUUCAGAGAGAGUAGCAAUUAGAGAAUCACACCGAGAAGGAUGCUUUUUUAAGGCAGGUCUUGUGGUGAUGAUGAUCAUGGCUUUUUCAUUUUGAUCCCUCUUAUUCUUUUCAACCCCUUGGCUUUCUUACCCCUGAGUGCCAAUUGGGAACAAAGAUGUACCUCCCGUUGUUUUUUUUUCCUUUCUGGGCAAGUGAGAUUUAUCACAGUGUUUUGGCUAAAGUUCCAGCUAGAAGCUUUUUAGUUUUGCUCCAAGUGGGGAAGUUGUAGAUCUUAUAUUCUUGAGGAGCUAUUGGCUGUAGAGAGGGACAUGUCUUUUUUAUUAGCUAAUAUUUUCCUGUAGUAUGUUUUCAGCUUUAUUUAAGCCCUGAUCCUUUUUUGUGCAGUCUUGACAAAGGGCUAAACACAGUGAUAGUAGCAACUAAGGAGGAGGACAGAGGAAAAUGGGUUUACAGGUAGUUUUUGAAUUACAAUCACAAUUAGGACUAGAAUUUUGGUCGCUAAGCAAUGUGGUCAUUAAGCGAGUCAUCAUGGGACUCGACCCAAUUUUACCACCAUUUUUAUCCUGGCCAUUGAGUAAAUCAUUGCAGCUCUUAAGCAGAUCAAGUAGUCAGUAAGUGAACCAUGGAGCCAUUAAGCAAAUUCACCUUCCUCAAUUGACCUCGCUCAUCUGAAACCUGCUGGAGGACUGUGGGAUGCUGUCCACCAUGCGGCCUAUAUUUCAACAGAUGGCAGCUACACAGAGACCGUGCCCAUGCCGAAUCACGGCACACUGACGGCUUCCUCGCAGGGCUCUUCCUCUGCCACUAAAUCAAGGCGCCAGCCUGUUUGGACUGACGAGGAGACCCGGGCCUUCAUCCAGGUGUGGGGUGAUGACGCGGUGCAGAGUGCCCUGGCAUCAAACUAUCGCACAGUUGCACAGUUCCAGUGGAUAGCGGAUGAAAUGCGAGCCCGGGGUUACAACAGGGAUUGGGAGCAAUGCCGCGAACGUGCAAAAGUCCUUCGACGGGGAUUCAAAGAGAUAGUGGAUGGGAACAGCAACGCUGGCCACGGACGCCGCGUGUGGCCUUAUUUCGAAGAACUUAAUCGAUUUCUUUGCAUCAAGCAAAAUCUGGUCGUUCCACGGCUUUCAGGGAGCAACCCGAGGCCUCCUGUGGACCGUCGGCGUCGCGAGCACAGAGAAGCGCAAGAUGCCUCCUAUGAGCCAUCCUCAGUAGGCAAGAACGACAAAGGGACUUUUGAAGAGCCAGACGGGGACUGUCUGUUGUUGCCUGAGCCAGCAGCAUCUCAGCAGAGCGAAGGCAACAUGGAAAACCAAGUGGCAUCUCCAGCAGCAAAUUCUGAUAUUUCCAUGGAUGGUAGUGUUGGUCCUGGCACUCCCACCGAUCCUUUGCCAUCCAAUGACUCAGUUACUGCGCCAAAUCUGCGCCCUCGGCCCUUGACCGCUGCAGAGAGGAUGCGGAAUCUUCGUUGCCGGCAAAGAAAGAGAAGGGGGGAUACUUUGAAAGAGCUGAUGGAAGUCACCUCCCAGGCUACCAGUGAACUUGUCCGGACAUUGUCUGACCUCACCCAUAAAGAAGUGGCUUCUUUUGAACGUGCUUACAAGGAGGAUCUCGCAGCCCGGAAGGACGAGAUGGAGCAGAGCGCUGAGGACAUUGGAAGGCUUGUAAGCGCUUUGGAAUCAAGCGAUCAAACUCUGAAGGAGCAGCUAAGCAGCCAGACCAGUGUACUGCAGGGCAUCUUGGAGGUUAUGAAAGACAUUCGGGGUAGAACGUCAUACAGCCCUCCGUAUCAAUCACAGUAUUACGAUUUCCCGGGCCCUAGCAUGAUUCACACAAGUGGUACUUCCUCAAAUGGCCAAGAGAUGCCAUGUCCCUCCCCUUCCAGCCUUCCAUUUCCUUCCCAGCAAUCUGCCACCAGCAAUGGAGAUGUCUCUCCCAGGAAGCGGAUGAAAUGAAGCCAUCAGGCAGAACAGCACUGCUGAUUUAGCGUCCUGGUGGAAACCAAUUCUCCAGUUCUUUGUUCCUGUUAGGACACAUAUAUUGCUUUCCUUACUGCCUUUCUUCUUGCAUAGUUAGAACAUGUUCUCAUCCCCUUACGUGUGUCUCCCCACAACGUUAAGAUUGUGGAAACAGCCGCCAGCAAAUGUACAUCUAGAUUUAUUAUUACUGGGUUUUUUUUAGCGUACCUAUGUUAGUUUUCCUUCCAUCCUGUUUCCAAGGGAAUGCAGUGUUUGAUGUACAAGUAAUAAUUUUUUUAAAACAAAAUUACACACUUAAAACACAUUACCAGGUACCUGUAAGAAGGUAAUCUUUAAAAAGUAAUAAAACUGCACUGUUGUUCCAAGUUGUUCAACAUGUGUUUAAUGAUAAA